AUGCGAGAAAGACAUCGUCUACGGGCUGGUGAGCUAUGCACCGCAAGUAGCGGAACGCCAAGUUUUCUUCUGGAAUGUUUCAACAACGUGCUUAGUGGGUGUCACUGGUGGCGGUCGCGAGAGCUCCCUCACGAUACGGGCAGUGUGUCGAAGCGACGCGUCUCCGAGCACUUGCACAUCCGCAAAUGGCCAUGGGCGCGUCUCUGCAAGUGUUUGAUGGUACUUGUCAUUCUGGUUACGUUCGUUCCAUAUGAUUGGUGGUACCGCUACAUCCGCGGACCCGAGCCUGUGACAAGCUUUCCCCCCGACGUGUACACUGGAUGCGCUGCUGAUGAUGCGCCCGUUCGCUUGGCAGUCGUGAUGCCGCUAACUGCCCGUGAACUUGCUCGCGCGGAGGCGAACCUCCGGAGCUGGGCAUUCCAACCUGAGCUGGCGCCCUGUGUCGGUGAUCACAGGGAGACUGCAUCUGCGCCAUUGGCUGAUUUUUAUUUCUACUUCGAUUUGCCGUUAGAUUUCGACGAAGAGACCGUUACAGCUGUUGAGAGGCUGAAAGCGUUACUGACCGAGGUACCGGCGAACGUGAGCCGAUGUUUCGGCUCGUUCUCGUUCAUAUCGGCAGACAUGACGCCCUCAGAGUCACGCAAUACGUACAGACACAGUCUGCUGACUACCCAGGUGGCAACGCGAGGAACCGUGACUCAGUUUUAUCGCCUGAUCUUGGAUCAUGCCCACAUGGAGCGAUAUUACACACAUGCGUUCUACAUGGAGACAGACACGCGGCCAAUGCGGUCGGGCUGGUUACAGGCUCUGUACCGAGUCACCGACUCUUCUGUCUGGGUCAAGGGCAGCAUCAUGCGCUACCCGAAACCUACUGUGCUCGGUUUCGAGCCCUAUCGUUCCAUAUACCUCUAUCAUAUCAACGGGAACGCGAUCUAUCGCCUGGGUUGUCCGUGUUUUAAGUCGUUUCUGCGAUCAGUCCGCGAAACGUAUCGCGAUUACGCAUUCGACACGAGCAUGGCCUUCUAUCGUCUGGAAUUACGACGUUACGCGCUCUUUCAACGGAUUGCACACCGCUUUGCGUUUACGGAUGUCAUGGCAGACUGGUGCGACUACGAGUUCUCUUUGAGUGAUCUCGGAAACACGUUCCUGGUCCACGGCAAGGCACAGUUAAGCCACUACGACUGGCGCAAGCUGGGGCGCUACUAG